AUGUCGGUGGCUGAGCUGAAAGCGCAGGGUAAUGCAAGCUUUGCUGCGAAGGACUAUGAGAAAGCCAUUCAGCACUACACGGCUGCCAUCGAGGCUGCCAAGCAAAGCGGCGAAUCUGACGCUGUGCAUGUUCUCUACUCGAACCGCAGUGCCAGCUACGCUGGCAUGAAAAACUGGGACGCUGCAUUGAGUGAUGCCGAGGAGACAAUCCGGCUAAAUUCAUCUUUCGCCAAAGGCUAUGGCCGCAAGGGUAGUGCACUCCAUGGCGCUCGUCGCUAUGAAGAUGCUAUUGCCGCUUACAAGACGGGUCUUGAGAGAUGCCCCGACGACACUGCUCUUAAAAAGGGUCUUGCCGAUGUCGAGCGUGCGUCGGCGGAUGGAUUGCGUGGAGACCCCUCUGCGUCCAUUGGAAACUUAUUUCGCGACCCGCAGCUCUUUGACAAGCUUUCGCGAAAUCCUAUGACUGAAAGCAUGUUGCAAGAUCCAAGCUUUGUACAGAAGCUCAAAGAUCUCCAAAGCGGCAAAUCCAAUCCUAUGGCGGCGCUGCAGGAUCAGCGUAUGAUCCAGGUUAUGGGUGCGCUUAUUGGCGUGGACAUGAAGGCAUUUGAGCGCCCAUCGUCAGAGGGUGCGCAACCUAUGGAAGAGGAGUCAAUGCCAAAACCAACGUCAGCCUCGCGCAAGGAGGAAACCAAGAAGGAAUCACAGUCAGAGGCAAAGUCAGAGGCUGAGACGAAGCCUCUUGACCCUAAUGUUGCUGAAGCGGAAAAAGAAAAGAAAUUGGGCAACGAACAUUACAUGAAGCGUGACUUCGACGUGGCCGCACAGCAUUACCAAAAGGCAUGGGAGUUGCACCAAGAUAUUACAUACUUGAACAACUUGGGUGCCGUGUAUUUCGAGAAAGGGGAGCUUGAUGAGUGCAUCAAGACAUGUGAAAAGGCUGUGGAAGAAGGUCGCUCUAUGCUUGCCGACUACAAGCUCGUGGCGAAGGCAUUUGGACGCAUUGGCUCUGCGUACCUGAAGAAAGACGACUUAGAGCACGCUAUAACAUUUUUUGAAAAGUCGCUUACGGAGCAUCGCACCCCUGAAAUUUUGAACAAGCUCCGUCAGACAGAGAAAGAGCAGAAAGAACGUGCGCGUCAGGCGUACAUUGAUCCAGCCAAGGCCGAAGAGGAACGGAAUCGUGGCAACACUUUGUACAAGGAAGGUGAUUUUCCGGGAUCCGUUCAGGCAUACACAGAGUCAAUCAAGCGGAACCCGUCUGACCCUCGUGGCUACACAAACCGCGCAUCUGCAUAUACGAAGCUUGCAGCAUUGCCUGAGGCACUCAAGGAUGCCGAGGAAGCAAUCAAAGUGGACCCGAAGUUUGUGAAAGCAUACAUCCGCAAGAGCAAUGUGCUCUUUUCCAUGAAAGAGUUCACGAAGGCUCUGGAAGCAGCUAACGCAGCGAAUGAAGUCGACGAGACAAUUGAGGGUGGACCUCAACACAAGCGAGAAAUUCAGCCGCUUCUAACGAAGUGUAUGCAGGCGCUCUACGACCAGCGCUCAGGUGAGUCCGACGAACAGACGCUUGAGCGGGCGAUGCGCGAUCCUGAAGUCGUUGGUAUCAUGCAGGACCCUGUGAUGCAGACUAUCUUGCAACAAGCGCAGUCAAACCCUGCUGCUUUACAAGACCACAUGAAGAACCCUGGCAUCCGUGCCAAGAUCCAAAAGCUCAUCGCUGCUGGUAUCAUCCGCACUCGCUAA